AUGUCCGCUCACAAAAACGUCCUUGUCAAGUUGGUGGUGGGUGCAGGCAAAGCGGCGCCGGCUCCUCCCGUGGGUCCGGCGUUGGGUUCGAAAGGGGUGAAGGCCAUCGACUUUUGCAAGGAGUUUAACGCCAGAACCGCCAAUUUGAACCCCGACACGCCCGUGCCCGUGUUGCUUACGAUCAAGCCUGACCGGCUGUUUACCUUUGAAAUGAAGUCGCCGCCGACGCUGUGGUUAUUGAUGAAAGCCGCUGGCAUCACCAAGGGGUCGGAUAAGCCUGGCUCGACCAUUGUCGGGGAAGUGCUGUUAAAACACAUCUACGAGAUCGCCAAGAUUAAGAAGACCGAUGCUCGCCAUAAGGAUGUGGAUAUGAAACUGAUCUGCGGCGCCGUGAUCUCGGUGGCCAAAGCCGUGGGCAUCAACGUCGUCCACUAA